AUGUUCACCACCACAAAGCAGCCUCUUGACAGAACCGUACUGCGCUAUGCAGGCCUCGUCCAAGGCCUCGUGGCACUGCCAUGCAUGAUCCAGCUCGUGUGCAGCGCAUCCCUGGUCCCAUCCCGAAACCUGGUACUAUUUCACCUUCUAAACAUCACUGACGAAGUGCGCAGCACCUAUAUUCUUGCCGCGGGAGCAUGUGGCGCCAUCAUCUUCACCGCAGUCGUGCAGUGGAAGGCCCUGACUACUAGCUUUCAGGUGCGACGUUUAGAGAUUGUCGAGUCAGUUCUGGCGACGGGAUUGUUCAUCUGGCUCAACUUCUCGUGGGCAAUUGGCACUCCCGAGAGGCCGUUUGGACACAUCAACUUGAAGAGGUUGAUCUUUAGUGGACUGGGUGUUGUUGUGCUUUUCUACGGGCCUCUUGCGCACGCGGAUGCUGCAUGGAAGGAUGACGAGAGGAGCAAGGAUCUUGACUUCGAGGGUGACGGUCGCACCGUAUACACCGAUGCACCGGAGAAAGCGCCGUUGGAGUUGGUGCGGAAUUGA